AUGUUGUUUUCGUAUUUCUCUUUAGGAAGUUGUAAGUCAUUGCUUGAUUUGCAAGAGCCAUUUAGACUUGAUGAAAACAGUACAAUAAAUACAUGGAGUUUUUUCGGUAAUACUCAAAUUUAUUCCGAUCAAAUUGUUUUAUUACCACCAAUUAGAAGAUCAAAGGGCUCAAUGUGGUCAAAAGCAAUUCUUCCAGACGAUUCUUGGUCUAUUAGAGUCGAUUUAACAGUCAUACAACCACAUGAAGAGUUAAGUUUCGCUUUAUUUUAUACUAGUGAUGCCGCAUCAGAUACGUCUUUCAAUGGAGGUCCUUCUGCAUUCAAAGGAUUAGCUAUUAUCGGAGAGUUUAUUAGAAUUAAUGAAACAACAAAGAAAUUUACUUUGAAUUCACUUCAAUCUGAUGGAUCAAUCGAUUUAAGAACUGUCGCAUUACCUAAUCCAGAUCUUACUUUUGAUGUUGAAGAUGAUUUUACCUUCGGAUUAAUUUUCGGAAUUUCGAAUAAUCAAAUUUACACUGCUGUUGAUCCAGGAGAUGGUCAACUUAUUCGAGGAUCUAGACAAAAGGCAGAAUUUGACUAUAGUGAAUUCUAUUUAGGCCUUACCGCUCAAAAUAAAGCUUAUGAAUCAGGAUUAUUACUUUCAAAGCUUCAACUCUCAAUGGAAGGCGAUAUUUCAGAUAAAAGUCAUGAUAUGGAUAACUUCUACCAGCCAGAAACCCAUACAAAUACUAAUGAUUCGUAUUAUGAUACACUUCAUUACAAACACAACGCUUUUAAAGAGAUGGAGAAGCAGUAUACACUUGGCAGAGCAGCCUCAUAUAACGUACAACACGGAGGACUCUAUAAUUCCACGUCUUACAGUACAGUUUUAGAUUUAAUUGACGAAGCAUUCAAAGCAACAGAAAGUAUGGCCACUUUUAAGAAUAUUAACGAGUAUAUAAAGACAGAUUUAGCGAAAUACGUUCAAGAUUGGCAAGGAGUCAUGACUGAGGCUUGUAGAUCAAUGGGCGAGGUUAAUAAGUCAAUAUAUGAUAACUAUGUAAGUGCUAAUGACAUGCUUGGCUAUUUUAAUCAAUCUGUCAAUCAAGUUUUCAAAUCUAUUUUCAAAUCUAGUCGUAAUUUUACAAAUGAGCUUAUUAAUCUCAGUAAAGUGGAGAUUAAAUUUGAUUUGCCUAAGAAAACAUCAAUUUUGUCUUAUAUUUUCAUUUUUAUUUGUGUUAUUGAAUUAUUUGUUACUUUCUUUUUAUUUACACACAUGGAUGAGAUAACUAAAGCAGUUCAUCUUCCUGGAGCAUUCCUAUAA